AUGGAUCUUGGAGAAGAUGGUGGAGCAAAUGAUGUAAAUGGAAAGAUGGGAAAUGGAGGAGCUGAUAAUGAUUAUAAUCUAGAAGAUCUUAAAUUACAUAUAAUUCCAAAAAUUAAAUGGAACAGAUUAAGAGAUGAAUAUCUCAACUUAUUACAAAAUGCUCAAGAAAAAAUACCACAUCGUAUUCUUUAUGCUGAAAAUAUUCCAUCAGAUUGGAACAAAUCACAAUUAUUGAAUUAUUUAAACCAAUUUGGUGAUGUUGAAAUGAUAUUAUAUGAAACUGGAAGUUCUUGUUGUUAUAUUCAAACAAGUAGCGGACAAACAGCUACUAAAAUAUUAGAUGCGAUAACUUCUGACAAUAAUGUUAAUGAAAAUUUAAAAAUUCGUGUUGUAAAAGAAAAAGAAGAAGAAAGAUUUUGGCUAUGUAGACGAACAAACAAUUCACUUGAAUUUAUGAUACAAAAAAAACAAGAUAAUGAACAAGAAGAUGAUGAGGAUGGAAAAAAUAAAAGAGAUGAAAAUAAAGAUGAUAAAUUAUCAUCGUCAUCACAACAAUUACUUUGGCCUGGAUCAUUACAACCACUAAAAAAGAAGACUAUUAAUCGUGGUUUAAUACAAAAAUUUUGGAAACGUGAAAUUGUUAUUACAAAUGAUAAUGGUAUUGUAGAUGAUGCUGGCGACAAUUGA